GCGGGUCUCGAGUGCUGUGAGUGUGAGUGUGUGAGGCAGGCAGGCAGGCAGGCAGAGGAACAUGGCAGAUUCGGUGGCUCUUUUCACCUCAAUUGGACUUAGUGAGCAGAAAGCUAAGGAGACGCUGAAGAAUGAAGCCCUUAGUUCAGCUCUCAAGGACGCUGUUGUACAGGCUCAGAAGCUGCUGCGGUCCACAAAUAUCGACAAAGGCACAGGGACCCUGCUGUACAGUAUGGCAUCUCGGCUGCGAGACACCCGCCGUUUGGCCUUCUUGACUGAGCACAUAGCCAAACGCAAGAUCACCACAGACCUCCAGCUGUCAGCGGCGCUGGACUAUGUGAAGAGCCACCCUCAGGACCCAAUGGACCAGAAAGCCUUUGAAACUGCCUGUGGUGUCGGCGUAGUUGUCACACCGGAGCAGAUUGAGGAUGCUGUUGAACUAAUCAUUAGAAAGCACAAGCAGCAGCUGCUGGCAGAGAGAUACCGCUUCAACAUGGGGAUCCUUAUGGGUGAAGCCAGAGCUGCUCUGAAGUGGGCUGAUGGGAAGAUGGUGAAAAAUGAAGUAGACAUGCAGGUCUUGCAUCACCUGGGGCCAAAAACGGAGGCAGACUUGGAGAAGAAACCCAAGGCAGCAAAACCCAAAGCCCCAGAAAAAGAGAAGGAAGAGGAGAAACAAAACAAUGCUGUGAAUGGUGAAGUCAAGAUGGAAGGAAAGACUCUAAUGGAGCAGCUGAGGGGAGAAGCCCUGAAGUUUCAUAAGCCAGGUGAGAAUUACAAGACUGAAGGUUAUGUUGUAACACCCAACACCAUGAACCUGCUGAAACAGCACCUGGAAAUCACUGGUGGACAGGUCCGGACUCGGUUUCCUCCUGAGCCAAACGGCAUUCUCCACAUUGGCCAUGCCAAAGCCAUUAACUUCAACUUCGGUUAUGCCAAGGCAAAUAAUGGAAUCUGCUUCCUGCGGUAUGAUGAUACAAAUCCAGAGAAAGAAGAGGAGAAGUACUUCACUGCCAUCAAGGACAUGGUGGAGUGGCUGGGCUAUACACCCUAUGCUAUUACUCACGCAUCCGAUAACUUUCAGUGUCUUUAUGAACUUGCUGUGGAACUCAUCCGUAGGGGUCAUGCAUACAUAUGUCACCAGCGCGGAGAGGAACUGAAGGGCCACAAUGCUCCACCCUCCCCCUGGAGAGACCGACCAAUUGAGGAGUCUCUGGUUCUGUUUGAGAGGAUGAAGAAUGGCAUGUUCGCUGAGGGUGAAGCCACACUCAGGAUGAAGAUGGUAAUGGAGGAUGGCAAAAUGGACCCGGUGGCUUACCGCAUUAAAUACACUCCUCACCACAGGAGUGGAGAUGCCUGGUGUAUCUAUCCUACAUAUGACUACACCCACUGCCUGUGUGACUCCAUCGAACACAUCACACACUCGCUCUGCACCAAAGAGUUCCAGGCCAGGCGAUCAUCAUAUUUCUGGCUUUGUAAUGCUCUGGAUGUGUACUGCCCUGUGCAGUGGGAGUAUGGCCGACUCAACCUCACUUACACAGUGGUCUCAAAGAGGAAGAUCAUCAAGCUGGUGGAGACAGGCACUGUCCGAGACUGGGACGACCCACGGCUCUUCACUCUGACUGCACUCAGGAGGCGUGGCUUCCCCCCUCAGGCCAUCAACAACUUCUGUGCUCGUGUUGGUGUAACUGUUGCCCAAACGACCAUGGAGCCCCACCUGUUGGAGGCGUGUGUGAGAGAGGUGCUUAAUGACACUGCCCCGAGAAUCAUGGCGGUCCUGGAACCUCUCAAAGUCACCAUCACCAAUCUGCCUGCCAAUGCACAGACGGAAGUUCGUAUUCCAGACUUCCCUGCUGAUGAAACCAAAGGUAGCCAUGUUGUUCCUUUCUCCAAAACCAUCUACAUCGAGCAGAGUGACUUCAGAGAGGUAAUGGAGAAGGGUUAUAAGCGUCUGACUCCUGAUCAGUCAGUAGGCCUGAGGCAUGCAGGCUACAUCAUCUCUGUGCAGCGUGUCAUCAAGGAUGGCAGUGGUAAGGUGGUGGAGCUGGAGGUGACCUGUGCCAGCUCGGACUCUGCUGAAAAACCAAAAGCCUUUAUUCACUGGGUUAGCCAGCCGCUGAAGUGCGAAGUGCGCCUCUAUGAACGGCUGUUCCUCCACAAAAACCCAGAGGACUCGGCUGAAGUGCCUGGUGGCUUCCUGAGUGACAUCAACCCUAACUCCCUGCAAGUGGUUGAAAGUGCCUUAGUAGACCGCUCAGUGAGCAAGGCCAAAGUCUUUGAUAAAUUCCAGUUUGAGAGAGUGGGUUACUUCUCUGUGGAUCCAGAUAGCACAGCUGAUAAGAUGGUCUUCAACAGGACGGUUACACUCAAGGAGGACCCAGGAAAGAUCUGAUAGACCAGAGGAGGAGAAGCUGGACUUCUAUAGCCAAUGAGAGAGGAGCAACCAUCUUUGUGUAUGCUGAAUAUGUCACUGUGCUAAACAAGCAUAGAGGGAAUGUAUAAGGCUAUAUUUACACUGUUAAAGGAUUAAAAAGUAUAUAGGAACUGGGUAGGUGCUGGCCAGUGUUGGUUCUUACAUAUGCAAUGUUCUUUUUCUCGUCGGUUUGGUCGCUUUUUGUAAACUCCUUUCUUACUGCUGGGAUUCAGCAUCUCUGGGAAGUGACUUGCGAACAUUUGAAAUAAACCAUAUUUAAUUAAAA